AAUGUAAGGACCAUUUCAUUAUUUUCUUAUCUUCGCUAUGUCUUGGUUCUCGAACGCUUUUCCCAUUACGCCUCUGGCUCUAGGGCUAGAGGUAUUGUUUGCCGUUCUACUUCUCAUAGCCCUCACAGGCUUUCUUAACCAUUGCUACCAUUUUAUAUCACAGAUCAGAGACUGGGUAUCGCUCCCAGCCAGCCAGCACACGGAGUAAGGACUGGUAGUAGGCAUCUCGCCAACCAGCUCCAAGCCUCAGUAAAGCCUGGUUAUACUAAUAACGCCUUGUUCAGGAUCGUACCUCAUUAUGAGGAUACGGUUCCUGAACACGCGUGACAAUCCUCUAUUAUUAGUACAAGUCUCUCACCUGCUGAUAAAUCAAGUUAAAAGUUGUA